UGGUACAAAUCUGUCAAAUGCCACGGCGAGAGUGAGUGUGGGAGAGAGAAGGACCAUUCCAGUCCGUAUGACUUUCUUUGUGUGUAAGCAGUGAUCUGCUGUCAUUCAUGGGGAUCAUGUAUGGAGAUGGAGACCGGCUCGGACCCCCCCGAAGGGAUUGCAUUUGUUACCUGGGACCACCGACCACCUUGAUGCCCAUCGGGAUGCGCAGAUCCCCCGAGGUGAGUCCCAGAAGGCUCUCCGACAUCAGCCCGCAACUCCGCCAGCUCAAGUGCCUAGUGGUGGAUGAAUCGAUUAAAGAGGACCUGAAGUCGUCUCGAUCUGUGGAGGACAUAAACAGCGCGUCCAUCGAAGAGAGAAUCUUGAGAAUCACAGGCUAUUAUGGUUACCAGCCGUGGAAUGCCGUUUAUAAGAGAGAAGACCGGCCGCGGGAGAACAUUGUGGGUACCGCCGAUGGACAGGCGAUGGUGGGUGGUGCAGGGGCAGAGUCAGGAACUGGGAGGCAGAGAUUAUACUGCUGUGUGCGAGUGACCGCCGUCCAGGCGCGAAAGGCAAUAUGGGGUGUAGCCAUGGUGAUGUGCGUGUGCACGUCUUGGGCAGGCUCCACCCAGCUGGCCAAACUCACCUUCAAGCAGUAUGACGCACCAUUCACUCUCACGUGGUUCGCCACCACGUGGAACUGCCUCUUCUUCCCUCUGUAUUACAUCGGCCACCUGUGCAAGAGUCCAGAGAAACAGACGCCAAAACAGAGGUUCAGAGAGUGUUGUCGGUUCUUUGGGGACGAUGGACUGACGGCAAAGGUGUUCUUCACUAAAGUGGCUCCCUUCGGGCUGCUGUGGAUCCUGACAAACUACCUGUACCUGCAGGCGCUGAGGAAGAUCAACACAACCGAUGUAUCUGCCCUCUUCUGCUGCAAUAAAGCCUUUGUUUUUCUCCUCUCCUGGAUUGUGCUGCGGGAUCGCUUCAUGGGCGUCAGGAUUGUUGCAGCAAUUCUGGCCAUAGCUGGAAUAGUGAUGCUGACCUACGCUGAUGGGUUUCACAGUCAUUCGGUUAUAGGCAUCACAUUUGUAGUGGCCUCUGCGUCCGCCUCGGCGCUGUACAAGGUGCUCUUCAAGCUUGUGUUGGGCAGUGCCAAGUUUGGAGAGGCCGCUCUGUUUCUGACAAUUGUCGGAGGUGCAAACUUUGUCUUAUUGAGCUUUGUGCCAGUUAUACUGUACUUCACACAUGCUGAAUACUUCACAUCUAUAGGGGAUCUGCCUUGGGCCUACAUUUGUGGAGUAGCUGGACUUUUACUAGCAUUUAAUAUUCUGGUGAACUUUGGAAUUGCCAUUACAUACCCAACGCUGAUUUCACUUGGCAUUGUGCUGAGCAUCCCGGUCAAUGCAAUGGUAGACCUGUAUACUUGUGAUAUCCACUUCAACACAGUGCGACUCAUCGCUGUGUUCAUCAUCUGUCUGGGAUUCCUGAUGCUGCUGUUACCAGAGGACUGGGAUCAGUGUCUGAUCGAGCUCGGCACCAAACUCAGAAAGCGUGAACAGCCUGUAGAGCCGACCGAAACUGGAACCAGCUCAGGACUAAACUGGACCCGACGGACAAGGACCUCCAUGUCCACGUUUUCACACUGACACACUCUCACAUUCUCCCAUUCAUGUAAUUGAAGGAAGUUUGAAAUAUGUCAGGAACAGAAUUCGUUCCACGAUGUUUUCAGUCAGCAAGACUCUGUGGCCAUACACAUUAUAAGAGCACAUUCCCAAAAGCAAACCGUUUUUGGCGGAUUCUGCCUACUGUUAGUGGAUGUGAACAACAACUUUGUUCCAUUAUAAGUUGAUUGAUUUCUUGACUAAUAUUACAGAUAACAUUACAGAUUCCUUGCAGAUCUGGAGAUGGUUUCACUUUCUUCAAAGAACAUAUUUGUUACUUUACUGCUCUUAAAGAGAUAGUUCACCCAAAAAUUUAAAUUCUGUCAUUAUUUACUCGCACUCAUGUUGUUCCAAAUCUGUAUGAUUUUCUUACUUCUGUAGAACAUCAAAGGAGAAGUUCAGCAGAAUGUCUGAGCUGCUAACUUUCACACAAUCAAAAUGGACGAGGACCAGUGACUGUAAAACUUCAAAAUGGACAAAAAAGCACCAUAAAAGUUGUCCAUAUGACUUGUGGGCUGUAUUGCAAGUCUUCUUAAGUCAUACGAUAGCUUUGUGUGAGAAUCAGAACAAAGUUAAGUCAUUAUUUACUGAUAAUAUUCCCCUACUGUGGGAUUUUAACUGCUGCGACAGGCUCAUUGAAUCAGUAAGUUGAACUCCAGACUUAAAUUUUAUCAUAUGGCUUCAAAAUUUUUGAAUAUAACACAAGAGUCAUUUGGACCACUUUUAUAAUACUUUUUAUGGUCAUUUUGGAGCUUGGCAGCCCCAGUCCUCAUUCAGUUUCAUUACAUGGAAAAGAGUGGUCAGGAUAUUCUUCAAAAAUGUUUCCUUUUGUUUUCAAUGGAAGCUGUCACACAGGUUUGGAUUUGACAUGAGGGUGAGUAAAUGUAUGACUCUCACUGACAAGAUCCACAACAGGCACCCAUUAGAACAUGUGCCAAACAUUGAAAUGGAUAUUAUGAACUGCAACUUGUGCUUCUUUCUCAUACAACAAAGUUCUUAUGGGUCCGUCUGAGCCCCAGAGGGAUUUUGCCUUCCAAACUGUGAAUGAUGUUUUUGGAACUCAUGUUAGUUAACAGCAAUGCCCAUGGUCUCCUAAAGGGGGCGACAGGAAUUCAAGACUGUUUACACUGAGGCGAUUUCUCUUGUCUGUCCAUGACAUUUUUUUCUGAAUCACAUACUAACCACUGUGAGGACACUUCAAGGUCAAAUUGAAAAGGCGUUUUUCAGCAAGUUGCGUUACCGUCGAGGGGGCUAUGAGCAUCCUGUGAAUGUAUGACAAUUUCUGAAAAGUGCACCUACACUCAAGGGCAUAGAUUUGGCUUGAACAUUGGGGUGGAGGUUGCAGCGUGAAGCAUUUACAUGUUUCCAUUGAUCAUGGUACUUGCUUGUUUUGAUUAAUUCCCCCUGGAAUUUAAGCCCCUGCCUACACUAUAUGCUUUGCAAAGGUGGUGACUGGAACUGCAGUGCCACCUUUACAAACACAAAACACACAUUCUGCACUUCAUAAGACUUAAGUCACUUUUCUCGAACACAAGCUGUCAGAAUGAAUUUUUAUUUUUAUUUUUUUAUUUCUAAAUCUUAUGGACUGUUCCAUUUGAAAUGGAAUUAGAUCUACAGCAUGCAGAAAAUGACAAUAAAUGCUCACUGACGGUUUCACUGCCUUCGCAUUGAUUUGUAAUAGGAUCUCAUCAGCACUGUCUCCCAUUGUCAUUGCUAUGAUGACAAUAAAUAUAAUAUUGUAUUCCUCUGGAAUUAUCGCUAGACAUUAUUGUAAACCUUUGUAAGGAAUGAUUUUUACACUGAAAUGCAUUAUGAUCACAUUUGAGGAAAAUGACAUCAA